AUGAUUAGUCAAUUUCAACGUCGUCUUCCAGGUUUAACUUAUAUACCGACAAAAUUUACCGCUCGAUAUGAAUUUAUAGAUACUUAUGAAUCAGGUGAUCCAAUUAUUGGUACACUUUGUGAUCGUCGAUUUGAUUCAAUUAAAUCAUCUACCGGUACAAUCCGAUCAUCUCGUAACCUUUUCUUUUAUGGUCGAGGUGGAAAUCGAGAUGUUUCAUGUUCAUAUUAUUUCAAUGGUCGAGUAGGUGAAAAAUUAAUUCUCAAAAUAACUUCACUAAAAUUGACAUCAGCUUCUCAAUUGUGUCGACAAUCAACUAAUGAUCCAAUUCAAACCUAUUCUUGUAUCUCACCUUUAAAUCCAUCCUCAUCUUCAUCUCAAUCAAUUUCCACUUCACCACUUUCAACAUUAACCAAAACUAAAUCAACUUUUGGAUUAAGAGGGAAAGAUAAUCAAUUGAAACAAUCUUCAUAUUCAUCUAAAGGUUUUACUUUAACUAAAACAAGAGCUUCAGCAUCCUUAUCAUCCGUAUCAUCAUCAUCUUUAUCUUCAUCGACUUUAAGGGUUUAUGAUAGUGUGACAAAUGAGCUAUUAAGUGUCGCUUGCUUCUGUGAUUCAACCAAUUUAACAGUUAAUCUGAAAACACCAAUAAUAUUGAAUCUAAUUGGAUCACAAUCGGUCCUUAAUUUUACGAUAAUCGGUAUGAACUUUAAUCAAGAUUAUAAUGAUUUCCAUUUUGAAGGGAAAUAUGAGUUUAUUGAUAACAACUAUUGCUCAUCUCAUUCAAUUGAUUCAACCCAAACCGACCUUGAAAGUGAGGGUUCAAUUAGUUAUCAAGUGCCUUCUGACCUUGACUGGUCAACCAAUAGUCAAUUUAAAUGUCGAUGGAUUUUCAUUUGGUAUCCAAAUAAAUUUGUUUCACUUCGGUUUGAUGGAUAUCGUCCUAAAAGAGAUCAACGAUGUGAGGGAAAAAAUCGAAUAGUAAUUUAUUGGGAUUCACCAUGGAGGCCAAUGGCCACAGUCUGUGCUCGUAACAGUUCAAUUGUUCAACGAGUUGGAGGAAACGGAAAUGAUCAAGUUGAGACUAUCAACUUAUCUCUAUCAUUAAUGCAAUCAUCAUCAUCAUCAUUUGGAACAUCAUUUCCAUCCAGCCAAUCAAACAGUUCAACAUCAAUGAAGCGUCGACCAUCAUCAUCAUCAUCAUCGUCAUCAAUUUCAUCCUCAUCAUUAUCGACAUCAUGGAAUCAUAAUGAUAACAAUCAUUUAUCAUCACUAUUAUUACCUCAAGAUGUUAAUCGUUUCCAAUGGAAAUCACAAGAUAAUCUUUAUCCAUCCUCAGCUAUAUCCUUUUUCAAUUCCUCUUCCCUUAGGGUGAUCAUUGAGAUUAUCGCUGAAACACCUUCAGCUCACUUUAAUUUCCACUGGUUAACUCAUAAAAGUCCACCACCCACCCACCAGAAAGCGGAAACAAGUGAAACCUUACGAAACACUGAUUGUCUCUACAAAUGUCCAGAGCUUAACUUUUGUCUAAGCCCUGAUCUACUCUGUGAUGGAGUUAAACAUUGUCCCUCCGGUUAUGAUGAGUCAAAUGUAUUUUGCUCCUCAUCUUCACUAAUUGCUACACUUUUUUUUACUCUUAUCAUAAUGAUACUUGCAGUCGGUGGCAUAUUUUAUAGUAUUAUCCGAUCCUUACGCCGUCGAUCCUCCCAGUCAACAUCGAUUCAUGAUAUUGGCUCAUGUUUACCUCCGACAACAAUUUUUGGCUCUCUAGAGGAAACUGCAAGCGGUUCAAUAGGUAGAGAGUCAAGUUCAGUUUCUUCUGGAUCAUUUUCAAAUUUUACUCAUUUAACAUCUUCAUCAACUAAUCGUCCACCCUCAUUAACAUCCAAAUAUAUGCUACCUAAUCAUCAGCUACAAUUGCAAAAUCAGCAACAUCAUCAUGGUUCCACUCUAUCAACUAUCGGUGAAUUUGAAUUCCACUCUUCCUUGGGUGGACCGCUUAUCCCCUCUGGUAAAUUGAAUACACAAUCAACAGAUUUCUCAUCACUUUUAUCGUCCAGUUCUCCCUCAUCAUCUGAACAUUCAGCGAAUCAAAGACCUUUGACACUUUCAAUAACAAACCUUAAAAAUGACUCUUACUGCGGAAAUGUGAAUUUUCACCCUUUCGAUAACCCAAAUAAUAGUCAAAAUUACACAAGUCACCAUCUGAGAAAGCAUAACAAUAAGCACACUCUCUCAUACCGGCACCUCCAUCAGCACAGCCAUUACCAGCAGUCGUCAAUCAAUACGAUUCAAUCUCCCACCAAUUCAACCUUUUCACCUCACCACAAUUCACAAACAACAUCAUUCACCUCAUCAUCGUCAACAUCAACCUCUUAAAACUUUUUGUUUAAAUUGAUGUUAUAAUAUGAUUAUAAGAAAACUUGAUUAUUGCUUUUCGACAGAUUUUAACUCAAUCAAUUGAGAUAAUUUACCAAAUAAAAUUGCAAAAAUUACC